AGCGGCGGCGCUCGGGGCCGCGGCGGCGGCGGGGCCGUGGCCAUGGGGGAGCCGGCGGAGGCGGCGGAGGCGACGGUGCCGUGCCGGGUGCAGUACCUGGAGGAUGCGGAUCCCUUCGGCUGCGGCAGCUUCCCGGAGCCCCGGCGAGCCCCGGUUUAUGCCGUGGAGGAGGCGCUGGCCCUCGGGGCGCAGCUGCCCGCGCUGCAUCGCCUGCUCGGGGCCCCGCUGCCGCUGGAGGACUGCACGCUGCAGGUCUCACCCUCCGGACACUACCUGGACCUUGACUUGUCCCUGCUGGAGCAGAAGGAUGAUCUGGAGGGUUUCUACGAGGAGGUCAGGAAGGGGAGACGGCCGACCCUGAUCCUGCGCACGCAGCUCUCCGUCCGAGUCCACGCCAUCAUCGAGAAGCUGUACAACUCGCAGGGGCCGGAGCUGCGGCGAUCCCUCUUCUCCCUGAAGCAGCUCUUCCAGGAGGACAAGGACCUGGUGCCCGAGUUUGUGAACCUGGAUGGGUUGACGUGCCUGAUCAAAGUGGGGGCAGAGGCCGACCAGAACUACCAGAAUUACAUCCUCCGGGCCUUGAGCCAGAUCAUGCUCUUCGUGGACGGGAUGCAGGGUGUCAUCAACCACAACGAGACCGUCCAGUGGCUGUACACGCUGUCGGGAAGCCCAUUUCGCCUGGUGGUGAAGAUGGCACUGAAGCUGCUCCUGGUGUUUGUGGAGUACACAGAGCCCAAUGCCCUGCUCCUCAUCCGCGCCGUCAAUGCCGUGGACCAGGCGAGAGGUGCCUGUCCGUGGUCCAACCUGAUGGCCAUCCUGAAGCAACGCCACGGGGCUGACACGGAGCUGCUGGUGUUCACCAUGACACUCAUCAACAAGACGCUGGCAGCCCUCCCGGACCAGGACACCUUCUAUGACGUGACUGACUGCCUGGAGCAGCAGGGCAUGGAGCAGGUGGUGCAGGAGUACCUGGGCAGCAAGGGCACCGACCUCGACUUGAAGCAGCAAUUCACACUCUACGAAAGUGCUCUCAAGCUGGAGGAUGGCGUGGAAGAGCCGCCCUCAGGGGGACGCAAGGAGAGGAGGAGGACAGACGAGGGCCGGCGUGGGUGGCGGUCCCAGGGCGGCUGCCCAGAGCCCAGUGCUGAUGCCCAGUCCCUUCUGGAGUCCCCUGGCACUCCAAAGGAGCCCCCAGCCAUGGACACCCCAGAUAUCCCCUCACCGAGCAGCCCAGCAGAACCCUGUCCCAGCAGCACCUACAGCAGCGCGUCCAGCGUGCGGCUGGCCCUGGCCUCGCCCCCGGCCGAGAAGGAGCAGCCCCCGGGCCCAGGAGAGCGCAGUGUUUACAAGCUGCGCCAAACUGCCCCUGUCUGGCGGGAGGAUGCCCCCUCCUUGCAUGGGGACAAGCCUAUUUUGAGGAGGUUUGAAGCUCGCUUUUUGGAGAACCUGGCCGCAGCCCAGAAGGAGAAGAUCUCUUCCAUGGCCAAGGGGCGGCUCGACGUCCUCGGCGAUGCUGCACUGGAUCAUCCUACUGCUCCUGCGUGGGAAAGAGACAGCGGCACCUCUGAUUCCGGGACGGAGCCACCCAGCAUAAGGUCUCGCCUGGCUCGGUCUGAUGCCACCGACUCCUGCAGCACCAUCUCCUCUGACACCAAGUUUAUGCUGGACAUGCUCUAUGCCAAGGGCUCCUCAGAGCCGGGGAGGGAGAAGGUGUUCCCUGAGGUCCCUUCAUCCCCCCGGAUCCAGGGUGAGGCAGAGAUGGAUGCCAAGGGAGGUAGCAGCCAGGAGCAGGAGAGUGCCUGGCUCCGUGGCAGGGCUCCAGAUGGGCCAGUGGCCAGUGCCCACGCCAAGCUGGUACGUGCCGUGUCCAGCAUAGAUGCGGAGACCCACACACAGAAGCUGGAGAACACCGGGAUGAUGCCCAUCAAGAAGGACAUGGAGCUGACAUGGGAGCGCCUGGAGGCCAGCCCCGUGCAGCUGAAGAUCAAGGACCUGGACUUCACUGAUUUGGGGGAGGAAGAAGAUUUUGACAUCCUGGACACAGGGCCAAUGGCCAAUGGCUCCUUCCUCCAUUCUGGCAUUACAGCGACGAGCGCUGGAACAUUGAUGGCUCCCCCUCCACCUCCUGCCAUGCCUGGUUGCCCGCCACCUCCACCUCCACCUCCUGCCAUCCCUGGUUGUCCCCCACCUCCACCUCUUGUAGCCCCUGGCUGCCCGCCCCCACCAGGGCUGCCAGGCCUCUCAGCAACAGAUGGCCCCUCCCAGGCCAAGAAGAAGAGGACGGUGAAGCUCUUCUGGAAGGAGCUGAAGCAGCUGGAUGGCACUGUAGGGCCAGGCAGGUUUGGCCAGGGGACACUGUGGGCAUCCCUGCAGAAUGUCGAGAUCAAUGCUGCAAAACUGGAGCAUCUCUUUGAGUCACGGUCAAAGGAAGUGCCGGCUUCAAAGAAAGCCGUGGAUGGGAAGAAGGUCGUGGUGGUGCUGGACCCCAAGAGGAGCAACGCCAUCAACAUUGGCCUCACAGUGCUGCCACCCGUCCACAUCAUCAAGACUGCUGUGCUCAACUUUGACGAGUUUGCAGUCAAUAAGGAAGGGAUUGAGAAAAUCCUGACCAUGGUCCCGACUGAGGAGGAGAAGCAGAAGAUCCAGGAGGCCCAGUUGGCCAACCCUGACGUGCCCUUGGGCUCUGCAGAGCAGUUCCUGCUCGCCCUGUCUUCCAUCAGUGACCUCACGGCCAGACUCCAGCUCUGGGCCUUCAAGCUGGACUAUGAGAGCCUGGAGCAGGAGAUUGCAGAGCCGCUCUUUGAUCUGAAGGUGGGCAUGGAGCAGCUGGCCAGAAAUCACACCUUCAAGUGCAUCCUGGCCACGCUGCUGGCCAUGGGCAACUUCUUGAAUGGUUCCCAGAGCAGAGGCUUUGAACUGGGCUACCUGGAGAAGGUCUCGGAAGUGAAGGACACGGUGCACCGGCAGUCCCUGCUCUACCAUCUCUGCCAGAUGGUGGUAGAGAAGUUCCCAGAAACCACUGAUCUCUACUCGGAGAUUGCCUCCAUCACCCGCUCCGCCAAGAUCGACUUUGAAGAGCUGGCCAACAGCCUGGUGCAGCUGGAGCGGAGGUGCAGGGCCUCCUGGGACAACCUGAAGGUGAUUGCCAAGCACGAGACCAAGCCGGUGCUGAAGACCAAGCUGACAGAGUUCCUCAAGGACAGCACCCAGCGCAUCGUCGUCCUGAAGGUGGUGCACAGGCGCGUCCUCAACAGGUUCCACUCCUUCCUGCUGUACCUGGGGUACCCGGCGAGCGCGGCGCGGGACGUGAAGGUGACUCCCAUCUGCAAACUGCUGCGGGAGUUCGCCCUGGAGUACCGCACGUGCCGCGAGCGCGUCCUGCAGCAGCACAAGAAACGCGCCGCCCACCGCGAGCGCAGCAAGACCCGCGGGCGGCUCAUCACCGAGACCGAGAAGUUCUCUGGCAUCGCCGAGGCUGUUUUGCCGCCCGCCGUGGUGUCCAGCAGCCCCAAGGAGCAGAUGGAAGCGGGUCACGAGAGCAUGAAGAGCGUGCUGACCUCCCCCGUGGAUAUCCCUGCCCGCCGCAGCCGGGCCAGCCAGGGAACAGGGCAUUCCACCCCAACCCAGGGCUCCUCAGCCCAGGAGGAUGUUCCCAGCUCCCCAGACGAUGCUUCGGAUGAAAUCAUGGACCGGCUGGUGAAGUCGGUGACUCACAAUGCCAACCCCCGGCCCUGCACCAACAGGGAGCGCAGGAGGUCCCGUGGCAAUAGGAAGUCCUUGCGGCGGACGCUGAAGAGCGGGCUCAGCGACGAGCUGGUGCAGGCGCUGGGCCUGGGGCGGGCGCCCGGCAUGGACGUCUGAGGGGGCCGAGAGGGCUCCUGCUGCUCCCCACCGCCAGCAGCCCCAGGGCAGGACGUGGUGGCAGCCCCCGUGGCACGCUCCAGGACUGGCACGCUCCUCACCUUUGGUCUUGCCUCACUUUUCGCUCCCGGCCUCCAGCUCCCAGAGGUGCAGGCAGCAGGAGGGUGGUGAUGCCCCAGAGCUGCUCUGCGGUGACUGGAAUGGAGGAUGCUCGGCACUCGUGCAUGGAGGCUCAGGGUUCAUCUUCUCAGCAGUAUUAUAGGGGUCAAGGGGCUGGACCCAGACCCACCCUGGGACCUGGGUCUGGCCCGUGGCCGCUGUGGCAAUAAAAUGAUCUGACAUGCU